AUGCCGCUCCACCAGGCUCAGCCCCCUUAUGUCCCAAUCAGUGCUCUCACCUCCUGUUUCCUUGAGAAGCCAGAAGCCAUCUGGCAUGCACUUCAUAUCUCCCACCUCCCUGUCCCACCACUGCUAGGAGAGGGGUCUCUCCUUUUGACCAAGGCCAACCCCCACAUACAUGCACAAGGAUCCCACACCGUCUUGCCUCGACAGGGAACCAGUGCUGUCAGUUACCCCCUCCCUUUCCCGAAUCCCUCACCUGGGCUCCUUCUCCUCCUGGAAACACAGUGUAACCUGCGGCAGGAGCAACCACAGGAGUAA